CCCAGGACGAUGCCUGUGGCUAGGAAAUGAAUCAGAAAGAAAUAUGAUAAGUGAUUGGAAACAGAGUGAAUGCAGACAAGAGGGACUGCAGAUAGAGCUUAAGGAUGCUGAAAAAAAGUUUGAGAACUUGCUCUCAGAACACUUGCAGUGUGAAAGGAACUUGAAAGCAAACAAGCAAAAUGUUGAAUUACAGUUUCUCACUGUGCUGAAUAAAUACGAUAAAGAUAUGGGACAGCUACAGGCUACACUUGAAGAGAUUAUUGAAGGUUUCAACAAAGAGAAGCAACAGAUGAGAGAGUUACAGGAGCUGUUUAACAUCCAGGAAAUGGAGUACACGAGGUUAAUGACUGAAAAAGCUGAAUAUGAACAACGCGAACUGGACCAUAAAAUAUACAUUUUCAUUACAAACAGAUGUGCACGCAGAAUUCAGCAUGCCUGGAGAGAAUACAAACAAAGAAAGCUUUCAAAGCGUAAAGGGAGAAAGAAGAAGAAAAAAUAA